UUCCAUCAUUAUAGAGAAAGCAUUAAAAAAGUACUACAAGGUCAAUAAUAUAGAAAUGGACGUUAAAGAGUUUGGAAAGCCGUGGACAAUCUUCAAAUUUAAUCAAGAUGAGAAAUCAUUCAAAGAUGAUAGCAACAUGUUAAAGAAUCUUUUUUUGCAUGAAAAAGUCAAAGACCGGAAAGUCAUUGUCUUCUCAAUCGUUGGAUCGUUUCGAAGAGGCAAGAGCUUCUUCCUGGAUUAUUGUCUUCGUUAUUUGUAUGCAAAUUACGACUCACUCAAUCGAAAAGACGCAAAUUUCAAAAAAGAUAUAAACUGGAUGGGUCAUAAAAAUGAUAAACUUAGUGGCUUUUCGUGGCGUUCAGGUGCUGAACGUGAUACAACUGGCAUUAUCUUCUGGUCUGAUGUAUUUUUGCACACCAACAGUUUGAAUGAAAAAUUUGCAAUUUUUGUUGUUGACACGCAAGGCUUAUUUGACAAUGAAACGACGCUAAUGGAAAAUUCACAAAUAUUUGCACUCAGCAGCUUGAUUUCGUCAAUCCAAGUGAUCAAUCUGAAUGGAAAUAUUCGUGAGGAUGAGCUGGAUUAUUUUCAAUUUGCAAUGGAGUUCGGUAAAUUGGCAAGAAAGGACGGAAUUGAUUCAAAAGAAUUUCAGAAGCUUGUGUUUCUGGUUCGUGAUUGGCAGAAUCCUGACGAUUAUGAGUUUGGAGAAGUUGGUGGAUAUAAGUACUUGAAUCAUGUCUUCAAGCUCAAAGAGAAUAAAAAUGAUGAACUGAAUUCUGUUCGUGAAUUUUUAUCAAAUUCGUGUGAGAAACUAGCUUGCCAUUUGCUUCCACAUCCAGGAAAGAAUGUUGCUGGUAGGAAGGGAUAUGAAGGUCAAUGGUCAUUAAUGGACGAAGACUUCAGUUUUGAGUUAUUCGAUGCAGUCGAAAGCUUAUUGAAUCCUGAUAGUUUGAUAGCCAAAAAAGUCUGUGGACGCGAAUUGAGUGCUGAAAAUUUUUUCGUUCAUAUUCAAACUUAUUUCAAGCACUUUGCAUCGAGUGACAUUCCAAAGGUUCUUACAAUGUACAAGCUGCUUGUUGAGAAAGAUUUAGACUUUUUGGUAGCAAAAGCUUUUAAAAUUUAUGAAGAAAAAUUGGCGACUAUUGGGAACAAAGCAGAAUCGGAAGCUCAAAUUGAUGAAUUCUCCAAAAGUUCUAAGGAACAAGCUGUUUCAGACUUUAAGAAUGACCGAAAAAUCGGUGAUGCAAGCAGCAUUGAGAAUGCUCAAAAUAAUUUAAAUGACAUGAUUGAUUCAUAUUACAAAAAAUGGAAAGCUACUCAACUCAAAUUUUUGAGUGAUCAAAAAGCUAUUGAAAAGUUAAAAACUUAUGCUGGUAACAUGACUCAAACAUUGGCAAACGAGCAUUCUAAAAAUGAAGCUAAUGACAAAAAAAUCAAGGAGCUUAAUAUUAAAGUUAAAAGAGAAGUCGAAGAAAAGGCCAGAGCUGUAACAAGUCUUAAUGAAAAGCUGGCAAACGAAAAAUCAAAAUUCGAAGCUAUAAUUGAAUCCGAAAAAGCAAAGUAUGAAUCAGCAUUGACUAAAACAAAGAGCCAAAAUUCAAAACUGGAAGAUAAAAUCAGUGAAAUGACCAGUUCAAUUGAUAAACUGAAGUCUAGAACCUAUGAACAGUCAUCGGGAUUUAGUGCUUCUAACUCAAUGCAAUCUUCUUACUGUCCACCUAAUUAUGGAUCAUCAUCACUCUAUUCAGAAGGUUUCUCACAGCCAACAAGGUCUUACAGCAGUGCACCAUCAGUUUCAUCAGGUAUGUAUGUUAGGACUAGACUUAUAACUUUCCUUAACAUUAAAAGUUGAUAUCCAACACACUGGAGUUUAAUUGAAAUUUAACUGUGACUAGAGAACCCCGAGUAGCACUAGAAUUAGACUUCAUUUUCCAGGAGUACUCUUAAGUAAAGUCUUGCAAUUUUUUUUAAUUCACAGUCCGUUCAAGUUCCAGUGGAUCAUCUAAUCCAUGGCAUCAACAACAACGUCAUUUUUCUUCCGUUUGGAGUGGAAUGAGUGCAUCGGAAAAGAAAAGUGCUGGAGGAAAUUUUCAGACAGCAUGUAGUCGAAAUUAUAGAGCCAAGAAAUAAUUUCACAGGAUGAAGUUCCUUUACUUAUUCACUAAUUUUCUUGAAAAUAAUUAUUGAAGCAAAUUAUAUUUCUGUUAAUAUUCCGUAAAAAUCUAAACAUAGCCAUCCAAAAGUUGUCAAACCCUUAUUAUCUACGCUGAAUAUAUUUGCCACCAAAUCAGCUUCAUUCGUAUAUCAAAUUAAACUUUCAUUUUAAUACGGACCAUAAUAAAAAUAAUAAUAAUAAUAAUAAUAAUAAUUA